GCAGGUUUUUUAUUUUUAUUAUUAUUAUUAUUAUUAUUAUUAUUAUUAUUAUUAUUAUUAUUAUUAUUAUUAUUUGGGGGGGGGACAGGGGGCGUGUGACGGGGAGAUGGGGAUAUGGCAAGGAGAGGGGGUUAUGGAGAGGAGGAGGAGGAUGUGGACGAGGAGGACGACGAGGAUAGCGAGGACGACGAGGAGACGGAGGAGGAGAGAUGGGGGAGGAGAACAGAUGGACAAAGGGAAAAGACGAAGGGCAGGAAGAGGAGGAGACAUGGGCGGCCAGGCGGAGGACACAAGGAAGGGGAGGAUACGAGGAAGGGAAGGAGACGAGGAGGCAUGGAAGACGAGACUCAGAUUUUGCUUCCGGGGUUUCGCUUCUGGGUAUCGAGGCAAGGAGUGAGGAAGGAAGAAAAGAAGGAAGAAGGGAAGGAAGAAGAGAAGGGAGAAGAGGAGAAGGAAGAAAAGGAAGAAGAGAAGGAAGACGAUGAGGAACAAGAGGACGAGGAAGGGAAGGAACAAGAGGAGGAGGAAGAGAAGGAAGACGAGGAGGAAGACGAGGAGGAAGACGAGGAGGAAGAAGAGAAGGAAGAUGAGGAGGAAGAAGAGAAGGAAGGAGAAGGAGAAGGAAGGAGAAAGAAAAGGAAGAAGAGGAGUAGGAGGGGGUCUUACCAAACGCGGAAAGGGUUGGCUACUUUCUCUGUUGCAAGCAUAUCUCCUCUUUUCCGUGGUGUUCAUGAUCAGUCGGAUGAUGAUGAUGAUGAUGAUGAUGAUGAUGAUGAUGAUGGGGAUCAUCAGGAGUAUUUCGGUUUUUCUGGAUUUCGAGAAAAUCAGGAGAGAGUAAUCCAUGCGAUCAUCUCUGGCAAAGACUGCCUCGUUGUUAUGGCCACUGGAAGUGGAAAGUCUAUCUGCUACCAACUUCCACCACUCCAUGUGAAAAAGACUGCAGUCGUGAUUAGUCCUUUGAUCAGUCUUAUGGAGGACCAGGUGAUGGGACUCCAGCAGCGUGGGGUAAAAGCAGAGCACAUGGCGAGCAGUCAGGCAAACAGCCGAGCUGUUUAUCAGAAAGCGCAAAAUGGGGAAUACGACAUCAUUUACCUCACGCCUGAGAAAGCUCUUUCGCUUCCGCCAAGUUUUUGGUCGAGCCUGCUGCAGAGCACUGGCGUGUCGUUGCUGGCAGUUGAUGAAGCCCACUGUGUGUCCGAAUGGGGUCAUGAUUUCAGGCCAGAGUACAAGAAGCUUGGAGAACUUCAGCAGCAUUUGCCAAACGUUCCGUUUGUAGCGCUCACCGCAACUGCAACUACACGGGUGAGGAGGGAUAUUACUCAAUCGCUCAGUCUCAGGAAUCCUGUUACAAUCAUAUCGUCAUUUGACAGACCAAAUCUGUUCUACGGAGUGAAGACUUUCAACAGGACAGCUGCAUUUCGCGCAGAGCUGGCAGCCGAAGUAUCCAAGGAUGUGGGAGGUGGAGGAUCAACCAUCAUCUACUGUACAAGCAUCAAGGACGUACAGGAAGUUGUCGACGCCCUAGCAACGGUGCAGGUCGAUGCACGCCCCUACCAUGGGCAGAUGAGUGCCAGAGUGCGCACAGAUGUCCAUAGAGCUUUUGCAACCGAUCAACUGCAAGUUAUUGUUGCAACAGUUGCAUUUGGCAUGGGGAUUGACAAGCCAGAUAUCCGUCGUAUCAUACAUUAUGGAUGCCCUAAGAGUCUUGAAGCCUAUUACCAGGAGAGCGGUCGUGCAGGACGAGAUGGAUUAGAGGCAACCUGCCAGCUGUACUUCACACGUGGUGACGUGGCAAAAGCCGACUUCUAUACAAGGGAUGCAACAACGCCAGCGAGACGGGAGGCAAUAAUGCAAGCUUUCAUGGCAGCACAAAGAUAUUGUUCAAUUUCAACUUGUAGACGUGUUCACAUCCUUCGCUAUUUUGGCGAGUCCAUAGAUUAUGAAAACUGUGGUAAAUGCGACAAUUGCUGCCGAGGGUCUAGUAACGUGGACAGAGAUCUGUCGGAGGAUGCCAAUAAAUUACUGAGUGCUGUGAAUGAAACUAAAGGUUACUUCGGACUGAACAUUGCUAUUGACAUUGUCAGGGGUUCCAAGGGAAAGAAGAUCCUCCAACAUGGUUAUGAGAAAUGCCAGGUGCAUGGUGCCGGGAAAAAUCGCUCAGCGAAUUGGUGGAAGGCACUUGGAGAUCAACUCAUUGCUCAAGGUGCCUUGACGGAAAGAAUGAGGGACCAUUUUCGGAUGAUCAGUGUAAGUGCCAGUGGCAGAAAGUGUCUUCAAACUCUCGAUUUCUCGAAGCUGGACCUCAAAAUCACACCAGAGAUGGAAAAGGAGGAGAUGGAGGCAAAGUGGCCUGAACUAAAAGUUGCAGUUCAGUCCGUCUCUGUUCCCGGCGACAAAACCCUUGGGCUAUCCUCUGAUGCAAUGCUAUCGCAAAGCGCGCUAGCCUUGGGGCCUCAACAAAAUCAGCUUUCAGCAAGAACAACAACAACAGGUGCUGUCCAUAUGCAUCCAGUGUCAGCUGGUGGGAGGAUAGAAGGAAAGCACGGCGGGGAUGUCGGGAUCGAGCUGCCAGCACAUGUUGAAGCAGUUGUUGAUAGAAUCGCUGAGGGAAUGAGGAGUAGAGGAUUCACAGAGAGAAUCGUUAAGGCCCGACCAUCGUCACUUGCUCGCCUGCGCUACUUGGAGGGAGUCAAUGAGUGGCUCGCUCAGCGACAUGGCGACACCCUUAUCUCAAGGAUUCAGGAGUUUUCAGCAUUGCGCGGACUGUCACUGGACCCCCCUGUAGCUGCGCCACCAGCUCUGGAUCUUGAUCCAGGUGUCAAGCCAUCGGCGUCAGCGCGUACAGGUGACAGGUCCAAAGUAACGCCAGCGAAAGAAGAAGCAUGGCGUCUAUUCCAUCAGGAAGGAAUGAGUAUCGAAAAGAUUGCUAACCUUCCAGAGCGGCCUCGGCCUAUUAAGGAGGACACGGUGAUUGGGUACUUGAUCGACUGUGCAAGUGCGGGGUUUGAGGUUGAUCUUCGUCAACUGUGUGACGCAUCAGGACUCUCUGGUUCGUGGGGCACUUCAACCAUCCAGCAAAUCAGCAAUGCGAUCAAGAUGGCUGGCAAUCGAGAUGUACUCAAGCCGAUCAAAGAGAUGCUUCCAGAAGAGGUGACAUAUGUGCAUAUCAAGCUGGUGAUGUACAUGGAGGACAACCAAUUGUCGCUGCCUUCAAGUCACGUGGCAAAUGCAGGUGCUGAGUCAGACAUCCCCAAUGGAGCUGAGGUGGAAUGUCAGAUCGAUAGUCACGUGGCAAAUGCAGGUGCUGAGUCAGACAUCCCCAAUGAUUUGGAGCGAGAUAUACGGAAGCCGUGCAGUUCGCCAACGAACAAAGCCUCAAAAGACUCGUGCAUGGAUUCUGCAAAGGAGGACAAGGAGCCGUCGAGGGGCUCAUCGGCGGCCGAUAAAAGGCUAAGGGAUCCGGUUGGUGCAGCUCAGCCGUUGAGUAACACAGCAACGAAGAGGCCAUUGCCGAGCUGGAUGAAUCAUGGCAAUAGCGGCACGGCCGCAUCGGCCCGACCACUACCGCCGGCCGUGGGGCCGGCCGAGGAGGGAAACGGGACAAACUUGAGUUCCAUCGAUAGCGCGACCAGGGAUUCUACCGUGUUAGAAGCACCUCCUCCGUCUUUCUCGGAGAAAAGACCACUGCCUGGUUGGAUAAGCAGUGGUAGCAUCAUGACCACGUCGCGGAAGCGGACGCGAUACGCCAACGCCAAUGAUGACACGCAGGAGAAACAGACUGAGAUGCUGCACAAAUGGACCGGGGCUACCUUGUUGACCAGCACGAGAACGGAAGAAGAAUCGGGAGAGCAGAUGCCGGCCAAGCAAGCACAGACAGUGGCCAUGGGCUCCAUUCGCUCGUCUACAGUGACACAUAGCAAAGCGCCAGAAGUAAAUGGAACCGGCAAAGCAUAUGGUGCACCUCAGGAGGAGGGGGUGAUGAAGUCUUCGCAAGAGAAAUCGACAUCUCCCCAACUGACAAGUGACAGCUUGCUGACAUGGCUUUCUCAAAGGAAAGGGAAUCGAUUAGAGGAGGAAUUGGCCUUUCAUCGACAGGAGGGCGAUCUGUUCUGUGCUACUUGAGCUCGCAUUAAAUGUAUCGAUCCGCAAUUACGGCCGGAUGUGGGUAUGCCCUGAGCGGUACAGAUUUUUUGCUCUCUCCUGCUCGAUGUUUUGUCAAACGGAAUCUUCUUCAGUGUUGUUGCUUGUUGCGGAUGUCAUCGGCUUCCUAUGUGACACAGCUGCACAGUGCUUGAGAGAAUGAAAAGGUCUAAGCUUG